UCUAUUCACUUCCAUUUCCCUUUCUUCCUCACUCAAAGAAAAAAGCUUGGUUUUUUCAAAUCUCAAUCACUCAAUCUCUUCGUUCUUCACAGCAAUGAGACAUCAAUGGCGUCUCCUCCACCUUCUUCUCCGCGCUCACAACCGCACUCCCAACCACACUCGCCACCUCCACCAACUCCGCACCCUCUCUUCCCUCCCUCACCGUCCCACCCCCAAUUUCACAUUCCCUGCAAACCCUAGCCUCCGCCACUUCUCCUCCGACCCCGUUCUCGAACAACCCGAUCCCGAUCACGCCAUCAUCGCCGACUUGUUCUCCAAGCCCGCCGCCGAUCCCUCCGUCGUCAAGAGCCAGCUCGAUUCGAAUCGCGUCUCGAUCAACCACGAUGCGGUUAUUGCCGAAUUGUUGAAGCUCAAAUCGAGCCCUGAAGUUGCUCAGAGAUUCUUCCGGUGGGUCCUCGAGACUCACCCUGAGAUGCUGAGCUCCAAAUCGUAUAAUGCGAUGUUGCGCGCUUUGGGUGCCAAUGGUUUGGUUGAUGAGUUUUGGGAAAUGGUCAGUGUGAUGAAGAGAAAGGGUUACGGUGUUUCGAGGGGUGUUAAAGAGAGGGCUUUGGAGUGUUUUGAGAAGAAUGGGUUGGAGGGUGAUGUUGUGAGGUUGAAGGCUUUGUUUGAUAAGAACAACUGUAAUUCGGUUGAGAAGGAUUGUGCUAGAGUGUGUAGGAUAGUGAGGAAUAAUGUGUGGGGUGAUGAUGUUGAGAGGGAAAUUAAGGACUUGAAUGUUGGGUUUUCGAGUGAAGUGGUUAAGCUGGUUUUGGAGAGUUUAGGUUCUGAGCCGAGUAAGGCGUUGAUAUUUUUCAGGUGGGUGGAGGAGAGUGGGUUGUGUAAGCAUGAUGGAUGCACGUAUAAUGCGAUGGCGAGGGUGAUAGGAAGGGAGGACACGAUUGAUCGGUUUUGGAAGCUUGUUGGUGACAUGAGGGGUGCUGGGUUUGAGAUGGAGAUUGAGACCUUUGUUAAGGUGUUGGGGCGGUUUUGUAAGAGGAGGAUGAUAAAGGAUGCUGUUGAGCUUUAUGAAUUCGCUAUGGCUGGUGCGGAUAAGCCUACGCCGCAGUGCUGCACCUUUCUGUUGAAGAAGGUUGUUACUUGUAAGGAGUUGGAUAUGGAUUUGUUUUCAAGGGUUGUGAAGGUUUUUAGUGGAAGUGGGAAUGCGAUACCCAAUUCCAUGGUGGAUGCGGUCCUGAAGUCUCUUACCAGUGUUGGCAGGAUUGGAGAGUGGAAUAAGGUUUUGAAAGAAAUGGAAGAUUGUGGGUAUGUUGCUAGUGCUAAUUGGCAGAGUGAAAUUGCAUUUCGACUUGGUGCUGUGGGUGAAAAGGAACAAGCUAAUGAGUUUGUGAAUAGGAUUGAAGCAGCUGGGUCUGAUUCAGAUCAGGAGAUUUGGGAUUCUUUAGUUGUUGGGCACUGCGUAGCUGGUAACCUUGAUAAAGCUUUGGAUUCGUUUAAAGAGAUGGUUAAGAAAGAGGGGAUCUCAUAUGCAGGCGCUUUUGAUUCGUUAAUAAGUUCAUAUUGCAAUAUGAAUAGGGCAAUAGAUGCAUACAAGAUUCUUUGUGAAUUGGUGAAGGAAAAGGAGUUAAAGCCCAGGCAUGAUACCUACAAGUUGCUGGUAUCUAAGUUAUUGGCUCAGGGAGGAUUCACAGAUGCUCUAAAUGUUUUUGGUUUAAUGAAAACCCAUGGGUUCCCUCCUUUUAUUGAUCCAUUCAUUAGACACAUAUCAAAGCGUGGAAGUGGUGAUGAUGCUGUUCAGUUUCUCAGUGCCAUGACUUAUAAGAAGUUUCCAUCUACAUCUGUGUACCUCAGAAUGUUCGAGGCCUUCUUCAAGAAGAGAAGGCCUGAGGAAGCACAGAACUUCCUCUCCAAAUGUCCACGCUACAUCCGUAACCACGCAGAUGUUUUGAAUCUCUUUUGUUCCAUGAACUCUAAAGAAGCUUCUUCUUCUUCUGGUAUGUUGGCUGCUUAAGUUUUCAGAAUAUAUCUCAUGUUGUACUCUUCAGAAGAAUGUGCAAUUGCAUAUGUUGAGAAUUUUUUGUGAGAACUUAUUCUUUAUCCUUGAUCUAAAUGAUUUGAUCUAAUAAGUUGAAUCUACCUUUGAAUAAAGCCAAAGAAUACAAACAUGCAAUUUGUUGUUCACACCACAUGUACUUUGCUAAUACAAAACGUGUACUGUUAUAUGUCAAAACUUGCACAAAUGCCUUCAGUUUAUUAUGCAAACUUCAUUUCUCUUGGACUAGACAAAUUUCGGACGGAUACUAAAAGUGUGUUUGUAUAUGCGAUGUCUCUGUGAUUUGGAUUAUGUGUCACCACAAAUCUAAAUACUGAAUGCAUGUUUCGAUGUGUGUUGGGCACACACACUCGGAUGCACAUGCACGUUAGUGGAGAAGCUUCAUAUUGUAGCUUAUGGAUUAAUUUGAUUGAGGUCUAAACUGAAUUUCAAAUGUACAACCAAACAUGCACUUGGUUAUUCAAUACGUUCUUGUUGAAUUUUGUUAGUUUUUAAUAUGCUUGGUUUACUGUGUUUCUUGAGCAUUUUACAUGGAUAGUUGGAUACAUGAGACCCCUAACAGUUUAAGAAUUGUUUGAACCAAGACAGUUGAUUUUA